GCGGCACCAGUGCUCGCAAUAACAGCCAUACAAGCUCUAUUCGUGGACCAGAGCGCUCGCAAGCUGGCGCCUGUGCCCAAAGCACUCGCAGCCAUGACCGCUUUGGCCACCCUCCUCUUGGUAGCACAGUACGGCUGCUGGUCGCAUGUCCAGAGCCUCCGCACCGCGAGGCGAUCCUUCGUGAUCAAAGAUGACCGCUUCCAUAAGGAAGGUGACCCAAUCAACAUCAAGUCGGGCAGCGUGCACUACUCGCGGGUGCCACGUGCGUAUUGGCGCGACAGGUUGGAACGCGCGAAAGCUUUGGGCUUGAACGCGAUCACGACCUACGUGCCCUGGAACUUCCACGAGGAUGUCGAGGGACGCUUCGACUUUUCGGAGGAUAGGGACGUCUACGCCUUCGCGGACGAAGCACGCAAAUUAAAUCUGUUGCUCAUCCUGAGGAUCGGGCCCUACAUGUGCGGCGAGUGGGACUUCGGCGGCUUCCCGGCGUGGCUCCUGACCAAGGCCAAUAUGACGCUGCGGACACACAACAAGCCUUAUCUGGACGCGGUCGACAAAUUCUGGGAUCAUCUAUUGCCGCGAUUCAAGCGACGGCUGUACAGUAAUGGAGGACCGAUCGUGAUGGUGCAGCUCGAGAACGAGUUCGGCGACUACGGCGACUGUUCUGCGAACGAGAAUGACGCCGCCUACAUGAAACAUCUCUACAGUAAGGCGACGCAGCACCUGGGUACGUCUGUUAUCUAUACGACGGUGUCGCCGGCGCGGAACUUGCACAAGGCGUCGCCCUGGCGCCACGAUGCAAGAGUCCUCGCGACGAUCGACGGGCCCUUAUCUUCUUCAUACGAUGCGGACUUUGCGCUCCAGAAAGCGUUCAACGCUAAAGGUAAUUCGCCAAAAAUGUGGACCGAGCUCUGGACGGGCUGGUACACGCACUGGGGCGAUUCGAAAGCGGCGAACCGCACGGCCAAGGACUACGGGGAUGGUGUGAAAGCGAUGGCGUCGGAUAGCAACGCGUCCUUCUCGCUGUAUAUGGCCCACGGCGGCACGUCGUUUGGUUUUUGGGCGGGCGCGAACAUCUUGGAGGGUAGAUAUGUGGCCGACGUGACGUCGUACGACUACUCGGCGCCGAUCUCCGAGGACGGCACGCACCAGGUCGGGGCCGACGGUGCGGAUGGCUUUGCGGCGGUCCGAAACGCUCUUCAUGGUACGUCGGAGGAGCCGCCGCCACCGGUCUUCCGGGCGUACGGCGCCGUCGUCUUCGAAGACGAGGCGGACCUGUUGGCGCAGGAUGCGACCUGCGCCAGUACGGGCUGGCGGACCCAGGAGCAACUCGGCCAGGCCCACGGUUUUAUUAACUACGCCCUGACGGGUCCCUUCCCGGACCGCCUCGCCUUCUCGCCGUCCACUCUGAGGGACCGAGUGCAGGUCCUCGCGGACGGCGUCCUCGUCGGCAGCGCCUACCGCGGCGACGCUAAGAACGUUAGCAUCGCGCUGCCGUCGUCGAUGACGCGCCUGGACCUGCUCGUGGAGAAUUGUGGUAGAGUGAACUACGGCCGGGAAUUGGUCGACGACCGCAAGGGCUUGCUGGAGCCGCCCCUUGAUGGCACGCCCUCCGUGAGUUGCCUGCCCCUUGCUGAUUUAUCGGCGAUCGAGUGGCAUUCUAUACAACCAGGAAGAAGCCCCGCGGCGCCGCGCUUCUACCGGGGCCAUUUGCAGGUAGAUGCUGCGCACGAUACCUACCUGGAUACGCGCGGCCUCUCCAAAGGUUUUAUAUGGGUCAACGGGCAAAAUUUAGGCCGGUUCUGGGAGACGCGCGGCCCGCAGCAUACUUUAUACGUGCCGGCGCCUUACUUGAGACGCGGCGCGAACGAAGUGAUUAUCCUAGACCUCGACGGGCGCACUGGACUAGAAAGUGUUGCGCGGCCCCGAUGGAACUAAUGUG